GCAUGAGGCUUGACCCAGAUUUUGUUAUCAUAAAGCUGCCCCACAGACAAGGCAGAGUUUCUGAGGACAUGGUGAUAUCGACUGAAUGUCAGUGACCGAGACACUCUGACAUUAUUUGAUGAUACUUAUCUACACACUGUAGUGCCCUAUUUACAAUUUCUUAUGUGUGUGUGUUUGUGUUUGUGAAUACUUAGUAUCCCCGGAAUCUUAAUGCAGUCAGGGAAACAAAGAAAUCACGUGGUUUUAAAGUUACAAAACACAUGGCACAGUAAGAUGAUAGACAAGUAUGUAUUGGUUAAACGUUGUUAAUGGACAGUUGUACACCGACAGGUUCACAAGACAAUUCGAAAGGAGAAAAGAUCCACAUUCUCUCAUAUUUGAAGCCAUCUUCAAUGGAAAUAAGAACGAGGUGCAACAGUUGAUUUCGGGAGGAGUGGAUAAACAUGUCGUCACGCACCAUCCUUUGCGGUGGGAGGGCGCCAGCGCGCUUGGCGCUGCAGCGAACGAAGGGCACAUGGAAAUCGUUAGAUAUUUGAUAGAUAUUGGGACGUCAGUAAAUUUCAGUGACCCCUGUCAGGGGCGGACGCCUCUACACUGGGCUUGUCUUGGCAACCAGUAUCAGGUGGCGGCAUAUCUCAUCAAACACGGAGCUGACGUCAACCACGUGGACAAAGAGCAGACGACACCGCUUCUGCGUGCUGCCUUCGCUAGAAACUGCGACAUGGUCAAACUUUUGAUUGAAAAUGGCGCGAAUGUCCACCAGGUGGACUUACUCCAUUGUUCUGCGCUCCACUACGCUUGUAUUCACGGCGAUAAAAAUUUAACUCGAGCCCUCAUUCGAGCUGGUUGCAUUUCAAACAAUGUUGCCUUGGUUGGAAAAGGUACACCAUUACAAACUCUGACGAGUCAAAAUGAUGCAGACAACGUUUCAUUGUUAUUAGAGGCAGGGUACAAUCUACAGAAUGACCAGUGCUGGAUUAGGUCAUUUUCACAGCCUAGUUCAAGCUCUUUACAUGAACAUAUUCUAAAUUGUACCUACGAUCCCAUGUGUCUAAAACAUCUGUGUAGAAAGACAAUUAGGAGUCAAAUGGAUGGUGUUCAUGUGGAAAUGAAAUUGGAACAACUUAAAUGUCCAUCAAUUUUACAAAAUUUUCUUACACUUGAUAUUUUAUGAUUAAAACUAAACAUUUUUUUU